CCCCGCCCUCCGCGCGCCCGCCCCCCGGCAUCAGCCCAGGGAGGACGGCGGCGACAGCAGAGGAGGGGCGGCUCUUCCCACAGCAGCGGCGGCGGCGGCGGCAGCAGCAGCCUUGGGAGAGGGAAGAGGAGCCCCGCAGCCGAAGGGGUCUGCCGGUCCGCUUGUCCGGCCCUCCGCCCGCCUGCUCCCUUUCUGUCUGCCCGACCACCUGUCUGCCCGUCUGCCUACCUGCCUGUCCGACUACCGCCCGCCCGCCUCUCCGUCUCUCUGUCUCCCGGCCCUUUCCGUCUCUGCGUCUAUUUGUCUCCCGGCCCUUUCCGUCUCUCCGUCUGCCCGUCCCCCUCCUUCCUCCCGACUGGGGUCCGUUCCCCCCUUCCCCCUCCCUCCCCGCCUCGAGGAGGAAUCGCGCCGUCACUGGCCCCGGUCCCUUGGUUGCAGAGGGAGCGCGGAGAGAGAUGUCUCUCGCCCGGGCCGCGGCUCUGCUCGCCCGGCUGCAUGUGUGCGUGCACCUGGCCUGCUGCCUGGCGGGGGUCUCGGGCCAGCAGCCUCAGCGCCCCCCGGCCCCGGCCCUAACCGCGGGCCAGAACGCCCCCCCGGCCCCGGCCCCGGGGGGCUGGAGACAACGGAUCCAGUGGGAGAACAACGGGCAACGCUUCAGCCUGCUGAGCCUGGGUGCCCAGUACCAGCCCCCGCGGCGGCGGCGGCCCCCGGCCCCGGCCUCCGGCCCCGACGCCGCCGCCCCCCCCGCCCCGCUGCCCCGCAGCCCGGUCCUGCUGCUCCGGGACAACAGCUCCGCCCCCGGGGCCAGGAGCCCGCCCGCCCGCCUCUGGUUCCAGCCCGGCUACCAGCCGUCGGGUUCCCGAGCCGGGCCGGGGAACGGGACCGGCGCCGGGAACGCGAGCGGGACGAGGACCCAGCCGGGGGCCGGAACCCCGCCGGGCCGGAGCCCGAGGCCGGCGCUGCCCCCCUCCCGGGUGGACGGCAUGGUCGGGGACGAUCCCUACAACCCCUACAAAUACUCGGAAGACAACCCCUACUACAACUAUUACGACACGUACGAGCGACCCCGGCAGAGCGGCCGGUACCGACCCGGUUAUGGCACCAGCUACUUCCAGUACGGCCUCCCCGACCUCGUGCCGGAUCCCUACUACAUCCAGGCCUCCACCUACGUGCAGAGGAUGUCCAUGUACAACCUGAGAUGUGCCGCCGAGGAAAACUGCCUGGCCAGUUCAGCUUACAGGUCAGAUGUCAGAGACUAUGACAACCGGGUGCUACUGCGAUUUCCUCAGCGAGUGAAAAACCAAGGCACAUCAGACUUCUUACCGAGCAGACCGAGAUAUUCGUGGGAGUGGCACAGCUGUCACCAGCAUUACCACAGCAUGGAUGAGUUCAGCCACUAUGACCUGCUCGAUGCCAGCUCCCACAGGAGGGUGGCCGAGGGCCACAAAGCGAGUUUCUGUCUCGAAGAUACUUCUUGCGAUUACGGAUACUAUAGACGCUACGCCUGUACGGCCCACACCCAGGGGCUGAGCCCUGGGUGCUAUGAUACAUAUGGUGCAGACAUAGACUGUCAGUGGAUUGAUAUUACGGAUGUGCAGCCUGGAAACUACAUUCUGAAGGUCAGUGUGAACCCCAGCUAUCUGGUCCCGGAAUCGGAUUACUCCAACAACGUCGUCCGCUGCGAUAUCCGCUACACAGGCCACCACGCGUACGCCUCCGGCUGUACAAUUUCUCCGUAA